AGCUGGCGCACGGAGCUGUCCCGGGUCGCAGAGGUGGUUGGUUCUAGCUAUUGCCAUGGUACGUUUUUAUAUGGAAAAAGGAACACACAGAGGUUUAUAUAAAAGUAUUCAGAAGACACUUAAAUUUUUCCAAACAUUUGCCUUACUUGAGAUAGUCCACUGUUUAAUUGGAAUUGUACCUACUUCUGUGCUUGUGACCGGGGUCCAAGUGAGUUCAAGAAUCUUUAUGGUGUGGCUGGUUACUCACAGUAUAAAACCGAUCCAGAACGAGGAGAGUGUGGUGCUUUUUCUGGUCUCGUGGACAGUGACCGAGAUCACGCGCUAUUCCUUCUACACAUUCAGCCUUCUCCACCACUUGCCGUACUUCAUUAAAUGGGCCAGAUAUAAUUUUUUUAUCAUCUUAUACCCUGUUGGAGUUGCUGGUGAACUUCUUACAAUAUAUGCUGCCUUGCCAUAUGUGAAGAAAACAGGAAUGUUUUCAGUAAGACUUCCUAACAAAUACAAUGUCUCUUUUGACUACUACUAUUUUCUUCUUAUAACCAUGGCCUCAUAUAUACCGUUGUUUCCACAGCUCUAUUUUCAUAUGUUGCGUCAAAGAAGAAAGGUGCUUCACGGAGAGGUGAUUGUAGAGAAGGAUGAGUAAGGAUCCCUACAAACAAGGUGCUUUUUUCCAGAAUAACCGGGAUUACUUGCAUCCACGUUUUAAUAACAAGAAUCAACAACUUCACGAAAGAUCACGGAUUGUAUUGUUGCUUAAAAUAUAAUUCGAAACACACGGUGUCUACCACUGUUUGUCUUCAUAUUGUGUCAAGUCUGUUUUUUUACAAGGACUGUGCAAAUAGUGUCAGCUCCUGGGUAGGUCUCGAUCAUUUAGAAAAUAAUUGGAUGUAAUAUGUGGGGGGAAAAUUUUGUUAGUUUUAGUUAAUUUUUGCAACAUAUGGUUAAGGCUUUUUAAAUCAAUGUUUAGGUCCUGAGUUCAAUCCCUGGUACCAAAAAAAAAAAAAAAUGACUUUAGAAAUUAGCUUAAUAACUUCAUAUUAUGACACCUGCCAGGGACAUUUAUGUGAUACCUACAAAUGAAAAUAAAUAGAAAAUUAUAAUAACUUACUGGCAUAAUUACACCCACAAUCUCUCUUUCAAAUUAUAAGGAAGUAUUUAUGGCUAAAAAUAAUAUUUGAAAGUAGGAAUAAUUGGCUGUUUUGUUUUU